AUGGGCUUUGCAAGGGUUUUGUUAUCUAUACUGGUCCUUUUGGCAUGGCUGCUGACGGGCUGCACCAUCCGCCGCCACGUCUGGCAAUCGAACUUUCGUAUUUUCGCUGCUGGCGGUCAUUUCCAAGGGCCAGGGAGAUGUUUGCAGAGCUGGCCCACCCUCUUUCCACAAGAUGCUGUCACCUACAUCUUCUUUUGGAACCAUCCCUGCCACUCCCCUGCCAUCAAACAAACAUCCUUUGGCAAUAACACGGCGCCUGUUUCGACUGUGGGGUCAGUCCCUGAUUCAGCGCCGACAAACGCCGGGCUAGAGCUUGAAAAUAAUCUUGCGAAGGAGCAUCUUACACCCCUGAAAGCUACUCCCUCUUCCCGCCCAAUCCGAGGGAUGGCCAACAGCCCAGAGGCCCAUGCUUGCGGCCUGCACCACCCCAUCCCCAGCCUCUACGGCGAAAUCCAGGUCUGCCCCAAUAUUGAGGAGAAUCUUCCAUCUGCAAUGGCACAUCCGCGAGAGACCGUCAGCUGCAACAGCAAAAAACACAGUUAUGAAUGCAUAAUGGUAUUAAAGCCUAAUACUACAAAACACCACAACCGGAUUAUUUUGACUUUUAUGGCUACAGCUAUAGAAGAAUCAGAUAGAAAGGUGCAUCUCAUGUACAAGAUGCCAUCAUGGCCCGAUUUCCAGGGGCUUGACUAUACCUUCAACUUCAACUGCCCCAUCGACACAACAAGCGCGACUAGACAGGGGUUUAAUGCUUAUCGUGUGGGGCAACCACGACAGGCGCGCUAG